AUGACAACCAGAAGGGAAGUGGAAGGCUGGCUUCAGGACGUUGGUAAGGAGGACAGUGAAGUGGCUGCAAUUCUCCAAGAAGGGGAUGGAGCACUAGAGAAGGUUUGUCUUGGAAGAUAUUGUAAUAUUCGGUCGAGCUACAAGCUUGGAAAGAGAGUGAGUGGAAAAAUCACGCGGGUGAGGGAUCUAACAAGCAGAGGAGAUUUUGAAACUGUGGCAUACAGGUUGCUUCGUGAUGUUGUGGAUGAAUUACCUCUUGGGCGUACCGUGGGCUUAGAUUCCUUGUAUGAGAAGAAACCACUUGAUCUCUCAGAUAUAGGAGUUCCUCUUCCUGAUGCUCGAAACAAGUCUAAACCUUUGGCAUGUGAAGAAGCCUGGACUUUAUUCAGCGAGCUCGUCGGAGAGGAUACUCUAAAUUCUAGUCCCGGGAUACAACAGCUUGCCCACAGCACUUUGGAGAGAUGCCAAGGUUUGCCAUCUGCCAUCAUAAUGGCUGGACGAACAUUGGCUGGCUGCAAGAUUGUCAGGGAAUGGGAACAGUUAACACAAGAGCUGGAGGACCUCAUAAAAGAAGAAAUUUCAGGGGAAGACAGGUUGCCUCAUGCUGUUGUAGAUGAAAUGCCUCUUGGGCAUACCGUGGGCUUAGAUUCGUUGUAUGAGACAGUUUGCAGCUGCCUUACUGGAUAUCAAGCAGGAAUUAUUGCAUUAUACGGAACAGGCGGUGUUGGAAAACAACACUAAUGAAGAAAAUCAAUAACGAGUUCCUCAAAACAAGUCACCAAUUUGAUACAGUGAUUUGGGUUACUGUCUCCGAGAAAGCAAGUGUGAAAGCUGCUCAAGAGGUGAUUCGAAAUAAAUUACAAAUCCCAGAUAGCAUGUGGCAGGGUAGAACAGAGGAUGAAAGGGCUACAGAAAUAUUCAACAUCAUGAAAACAAGAAGGUUUGUGCUACUUUUAGAUGAUGUAUGGCAACGACUUGAUCUCUCAAAAAUAGGAGUUCCUCUUCCAGAAAUUCGAAACCGGUCCAAAGUAAUAAUCACAACUCGAAUUCAGGAAAUAUGCAAUGAAAUGGAAGUUCAAAGGAUAUUUAGGGUAGAGUGUUUGGCACAGGAAGAAGCCUUGGCUUUGUUCCUGGAGAAAGUCGGCGAGAACACUCUAACUUCUCACCCUGAUAUAUCACGGCUUUCUGAAAAGAUGGCAGAGUGGUGCAAAGGCUUGCCGCUUGCCCUUAUUACUGUUGGAAGAGCAAUGGCUAAUAAGAAUUCUCUCCAUGAAUGGGAUCAAGCAAUCCAAGAACUGGAGAAAUUCCCAGUGGAAAUUUCAGGUAUGGAGGGUCAGUUGUAUAAUGUUUUGAAAUUCAGUUAUGAGAACUUAAGAGAUGAUAUCACCAAAUCUUGUUUCAUAUACUGUUCUUUUUUUCCAAAGGGAUAUGAAAUUAGAAAUGAUGAGCUUAUAGAACAUUGGAUUGGGGAAGGGUUUUUUUAUGGUGUGGACAUAUAUGAAGCACGCAGACGAGGACACAAAAUCAUUGAAGACCUAAAGAAUGCAUGCUUGUUAGAGGUGGGUGAUGGAUUUAAAGAAUGUAUCAAGAUGCACGAUGUGAUACACGACAUGGCUCUAUGGAUAGGUCAAGAAUGUGGAAAAAAGAUAAACAAGAUUUUGGUGCGUGAAUCUCUUGGGCAUGUUGAGGCUGAGAGGGUUACCAGCUGGAAGGAGGCAGAAACGAUAUCAUUGUGGGGAUGGAAUAUCGAGAAACUCCCAGGAACGCCUCAUUGCUCUAAUCUCCAGACUCUCUUUGUGAGGGAGUGUAUCCGACUGAGGACCUUUCCAAGAGGAUUCUUCCACUUCAUGCCUCUCAUAAGGGUUCUAGAUUUGUCAGCUACACCUUGUUUAACGAACUUACCUGAUGGCAUUGAUGGAUUGAUGAACUUGGAAUACAUUAAUCUUUCAAUGACAAAGAUAAGAGAGUUGCCGAUUGGGAUCAAGAAGUUGACAAAACUGAGGUGCUUGUUACUUGAUGGUUUGCCUCCAUUUGUAAUUCCUCCACAUGUGAUAUCAAGUCUGUCAUCAUUGCA